ACGCGCCAGCCGAGCAGCCGUGUUGAAGCCGCACGGCCCCCUUCGCACACCAGCACCCCAGGGCCCCGCCGGCGCCCGCGGUCGUCCCGGCCCGACUUCGCCCUCAGCAGCCCCCUUCCUGCCAGCAGCGCCGGCCUCUGCCGCGGGCUCUGACGUCCUGUCUGGCCAUCUCUGUGCUGUUGGGGGCCUCUGGUUAUCAUCUUUCUCACUCUCAGUACUUGAUCAGAGGGAAAGUUUUCAAAGAUGCCGAUUGCACAGUUGCUGGAGCUAUGGAAAAAGAUAGAGGUGGAACCUAUGGAAAUAGAGGCCACCGCGGAGGACCUGAACCUCGACUCGGAGCCCACCGUAGCAGACGCUGUGGAAGAAGGCAAGUGUGACCCAACCUCGCUCGAGACAAAGGCAGCCUCGUCAGCUGAGGAAGAGGGCAUCGUGAAGGAGAUUGACAUCAGUCAUCAUGUGAAAGCAGGCUUUGAAAAGGCCGACCCUUCCCAGUUUGAACUGUUAAAAGUUUUGGGACAAGGGUCCUAUGGAAAGGUGUUCCUGGUGAGGAAGGUCAAGGGGUCGGAUGCUGGGCAGCUCUACGCAAUGAAGGUUCUGAAGAAGGCCACCUUGAAAGUUCGGGACCGAGUCAGAUCGAAGAUGGAGAGAGACAUUUUGGCAGAAGUGAAUCACCCUUUCAUCGUAAAGCUUCAUUACGCCUUCCAGACGGAGGGAAAACUCUAUCUGAUUCUGGACUUCCUGCGCGGAGGAGACCUCUUCACCAGGCUCUCCAAAGAGGUGAUGUUCACGGAGGAGGAUGUCAAGUUCUACCUGGCUGAGCUGGCCUUGGCUCUAGACCACCUGCACAGCCUGGGCAUCAUCUACAGAGACCUGAAGCCAGAAAACAUCCUCCUGGACGAAGAGGGACAUAUUAAGAUCACAGACUUCGGGCUGAGUAAGGAGGCCAUCGACCACGACAAGAGAGCCUAUUCGUUCUGCGGGACGAUCGAGUACAUGGCGCCCGAGGUGGUGAACCGGCGGGGCCACACGCAGAGCGCAGACUGGUGGUCCUUUGGCGUGCUCAUGUUCGAGAUGCUCACGGGGUCACUGCCAUUCCAGGGGAAGGACAGGAAGGAGACCAUGGCCCUCAUCCUCAAAGCCAAGCUGGGCAUGCCGCAGUUCCUCAGCGUGGAGGCUCAGAGUCUUCUGAGAGCCCUCUUCAAACGGAACCCCUGCAACCGGCUGGGUGCUGGCCUGGACGGCGUGGAGGAGAUCAAGCGCCACCCUUUCUUUGUCACCAUCGACUGGAACAAGCUGUACAGGAAGGAGAUCAAGCCGCCCUUCAAGCCGGCGGUGGGCAGGCCAGAGGACACCUUCCACUUCGACCCCGAGUUCACGGCGAGGACGCCCACAGACUCACCUGGCGUCCCCCCCAGUGCCAACGCUCACCAUCUGUUUAGAGGAUUCAGUUUUGUGGCCUCCAGCUUGGCGCAGGAGCCCUCGCAGCAGGAUCUGCGCAAAGCCGCGGUUCACCCCAUCGUGCAGCAGUUACACGGGAACAACACCCGCUUCACCGAUGGCUAUGAGGUCAAGGAGGACAUCGGGGUGGGCGCCUACUCCGUAUGCAAGCGCUGUGUGCACAUGGCCACAGACGCCGAGUACGCCGUGAAGAUCAUCGAUAAGAGUAAAAGGGACCCCUCGGAAGAGAUUGAGAUCCUCCUGCGGUACGGCCAGCACCCCAACAUCAUCACCCUCAAAGACGUCUACGACGACGGGAAGUUCGUGUACCUGGUGAUGGAGCUGAUGCGGGGUGGGGAGCUGCUGGACCGUAUCCUGCGGCAGAGGUACUUCUCGGAGCGGGAGGCCAGCGAUGUGCUGUGCACCAUCACCAAGACCAUGGACUACCUCCACUCCCAGGGGGUCGUUCAUCGAGACCUGAAGCCGAGCAACAUUCUGUACAUGGACGAGUCUGGAAACCCCGAGUCCAUCCGGAUCUGUGACUUCGGGUUCGCCAAGCAGCUGCGAGCCGAGAACGGGCUGCUGAUGACCCCCUGCUACACAGCCAACUUCGUUGCCCCGGAGGUCCUGAAGCGGCAAGGCUAUGACGCGGCUUGUGACAUCUGGAGUCUGGGGAUCCUGCUGUACACCAUGCUGGCGGGAUUUACCCCUUUUGCAAACGGACCAGAUGAUACCCCUGAGGAUAUCUUGGCAAGGAUUGGCAGCGGGAAGUACGCCCUUUCCGGGGGAAACUGGGAUUCCAUAUCUGACGCGGCAAAGGAUGUCGUGUCCAAGAUGCUCCACGUGGACCCUCAGCAGCGCCUGACAGCCGUCCAGGUCCUCAGACACCCGUGGAUUGUGAACAGAGAGUACCUGUCCCCAAACCAGCUCCGCAGACAGGACGUCCACUUGGUGAAGGGAGCGAUGGCCGCCACCUACUUCGCUCUGAACAGAGCCCCCCAGGCCCCGCGGCUGGAGCCCGUGUUGUCCUCCAGCCUGGCGCAGCGCCGGGGCAUGAAGAGACUCACGUCUACGCGGCUGUAGCCGAGCCCGGCGCCCGCUCAUCCUGCACCUUCUCGGGCAGCCGGAGGGGAUCCAGGCGGGACCUCCCGACGCCUGGCUGUGCUGACCUUGCCGUCUCUGCCCCUAGCCGACCAGCCGGGGCCCUUCCACUGCGGACCUGCCGAGUGCCUGGAGGCCCCCCAGCCCGUGGGUCUUGCGCAGUCGUGGCCUGUGUUUCCGUGGAGACGUGUGUUUCCCAAUUAUAAAGUCAGUGACCUGGUCUGAUUUCCGGCACACACAGCCCAGGUGUCACGGUGCGAAGGUGACAGUUAACGGCAGAGCCCUGGGGGCCCGGCGUCUGCGCCUCUGCCCUUGCCCGCGGCUGAGUGACCGCCGGGCACAGGGCACCUAGGAGCAGAUGCCUGGUCCCUCCAGAUGAUCCAAAGAGCCCUCGUCUCAUUGCCCCCCACUUGGGACUGAGGCCCCCACGUUCUCUCCCGUUGCAGAUCUGAUGGGGCGAGGCCACCCCGGCCCCGGGAGCAGCAACUUCGCCUCGGUGGCCACGCUUCCCAAGAAUCGCUCGCGUCCCCGGGAGGGAGCCAGCCCAACCUGUGCCCGUGUUUUCGUGUUCUCCUGAGGACCGGGAUCUGCAGGAGCGGCUCAAGGGUCGCCGCGGCCGCCCCGAGCUUCCGAGAGGGCCUGGGCUUCCCUGAGUGCUGGCUUUCCCCUUUCAUGGAAACCCUGUGGCCCGUGGGAACCCUCAGUUGGGUUGCCUCCCGUCAGUCCCUUCUCGGUUCCCCUGGAGACCCCUGCCCCCCGCCCGGGGCCAGAGGGGAGCAGAGGAUGUGUUGCUGAGAGCAGGGGUACCCUUUGUGGAAGCUGUGCUUUUGUGUCGUGCUUUGUGUUUCUGUUGCACAGGUCUGUCCUCACCUGACAUGUCAGGGAUAUUUAAUGUUUCCCCCAGGGCGUGUGAACACAGGAGUGGGUGUGAUGCAGGGCGAGCCACCACCAGGGCCUGGAGGACAGAGGCCUGUGUCCUCCCAGCCGGCCCCAAACCAGGCCCUUGCCCACCGUGCUGUGACUGGCCAGCAUCACUGGGCACCCCCUGCCCUCGGGGGGAGGGGGGGCACCUGUUGGUCUCAGCCGGGUUUUCACCAAGAAGACAAUUUCUGAAAGUCCCUCCAUUUUAACUCACUCUGGUACCCAACUCGACCGACAAAAACAAAAACAAUGCCGCCUUCUAAAAAUUAGCUCCCUAGCUUGGUCUAAUGGUUUUCAGACCUGAAAAUAUAAACGUAUCGCAGAAGCUUUAAUUAUCCCGUGAGCCUUUUUUUUUUUCUUUUCCUCAGAACCACAAGGAAUAAACAGGUGGGGACAGGUUCGUGGACCUGUUUUCCCACAAAGCCCUCUUGGGCACUUGGCGCA